CUUUUGUGGCAUCAACAUCAGCUAAGAGAGUGAGAAGAAGUUAAAAUUAGAAAAGGGAGAACGACAUGGAGGGGAAGGAGCAAGAUGUGUCAUUGGGAGCUAACAAGUUCUCGGAGAGGCAGCCCAUUGGGAUAGCGGCUCAGAGCCAAGAUGACGGCAAGGACUACAAGGAGCCACCGCCGGCGCCGCUCUUCGAGCCGUCUGAGCUCACAUCAUGGUCGUUCUACCGAGCGGGGAUAGCGGAGUUCGUGGCCACUUUUCUGUUCCUCUACAUUACCAUCCUAACAGUCAUGGGCGUCAAUAAAUCUGACACCAAGUGCAAAACUGUUGGGAUUCAAGGAAUUGCUUGGGCUUUUGGUGGCAUGAUCUUCGCACUCGUUUACUGCACUGCUGGAAUCUCUGGGGGUCACAUAAACCCAGCGGUGACAUUUGGUCUGUUCUUGGCAAGGAAAUUGUCAUUGACAAGGGCGGUGUUCUACAUGGUGAUGCAGGUGCUAGGUGCUAUAUGCGGCGCUGGUGUGGUGAAGGGUUUCGAGGGGAAAAAGUUUUACGGUCAGCACAACGGUGGUGCCAACUUUGUCGCCCCUGGCUACACCAAAGGUGACGGCCUCGGUGCUGAGAUUGUUGGCACCUUCGUUCUUGUCUACACCGUCUUCUCAGCCACGGAUGCCAAGCGUUCCGCCAGAGACUCUCACGUUCCAAUUUUGGCACCAUUGCCAAUUGGGUUCGCGGUGUUCUUGGUACACUUGGCAACCAUCCCAAUCACCGGAACCGGUAUCAACCCUGCUCGGAGUCUCGGCGCUUCCAUAGUCUUUAACAAAGACCUUGGCUGGGAUGACCACUGGAUUUUCUGGGUUGGACCUUUCAUUGGAGCAGCUCUUGCGGCACUUUACCACCAAGUUGUGAUCAGAGCCAUUCCUUUCAAAUCUAGUUGAUUAAUCAAUCAAGCCAAGUUUAAUAAGUUUCAUUUUAUCAUCAUCAUGUUUUUCCUUUGUCUUUUUUUUAAUGUAAAGAAUUUUACAUAAUGUAAUGUUAUUAGGUGGUGCGUGAUAAUGGGUCAGUUUUCCUCUACUUUUAGGUUGGAAGACGGCCUAGUUCAUGUGUUAUGUAUCUUGGUGAUUGUGGUUUUGAUCAAAUAAAAAUAACAUCCUCUUCUUUGAGUUAA